AUGAGCAACCCCGGCCAAGGCUUCGAGUACCCCCCCAGUGCCGUCACAUGGCUCAAGCGUGAUGCCCUCCUGUUCGCCAACUCGAUCGGCGCAACCGCCCAGGACGAGCUGCACUUUCUCUACGAGCUGCACCCCGACUUCAAGGUGUUCCCCACCUACUCCAUCAUCCUGCCCUUCAAGAAGACUUCCUCGGAUGUGAUUGACUUUUACGCCUCGCAGCGCGCAGUCCCCAUCCCCGGUGUGCCCCAGUUUGACUCGAAGCGCGUCGUCGACGGCCAGCGUUCCAUCAAGUUCCUCAAGGAGCUGCCCACCUCGUCUGAGGGCCGCCAGUUUGAGAUCCGUCAAAAGGUGACGGGCGUCUGGGACAAGGGCAAGGCCGGCACUGUGCUGGACACGCAGAUGGACCUUGUCGACAAGACCAACGGCGACGUGUACGCGUCCAUCACUGGCUCGGCCUUCUUCGUCGGCCAGGGCGGCUGGGGCGGUCCCAAGGGUCCCGCGACCCCCAACUACCCCCCGCCAGCGGGCAAGACGCCCGACGCGACGUUCGAGGUCCAGACCACCAAGGAGACGGCGCUCCUCUACCGCCUGAACGGCGACUACAACCCGCUCCACGCGACCCCCGAGCCCGGAAAGCAGAUGGGUUUCGGCGGCGAGAUCAUCCACGGCCUGUACUCGUGGAACUCGACCGCUCACGGUAUCCUCAAGGCUGUGGGCGGCUCGGACCCGGCCAACAUCAAGGAGUACCAGGCGCGUUUCGCGUCGCCCGUCAAGCCCGGAGACAAGCUCGUGACCAAGAUCUGGCGCACCGGCACCGUCGACAAGGACGGCUUUGAGGAGGUCCGUUUCACCACCGAGGUUGCCGGCGGCAAGGUUUGUCUCUCGAACGGCCGCGCGCUCCUCAAGGUCGUCGGCCCUGUCAAGAGCAAGCUCUAG